AUGGCCAGCGGGCUGCAGCGCCUCGUGACCCAGCACGGCUUAACGAGAGUGCUGGUGGUCUCCUGCCACUCAGACUACGUCAUGACGGCGCUGCGGCCAGACUGGGUCUUUGAGUGCGACAGGCAUCGCUUUCUGACGUUUCCCCCGCGUGCCGCGACUGAACAUGGCGUGGCGGAGCCCACGGUGCCAAACCUCAUUCAGGCCAAGCCUCUGGAUGAUGUUUUGGCAUAUGUGCAGAAGCAUUGUGCCCAUAGGCCCGCGGAGGCUCCAGAGGUGCUGGGGAUCCCAGGGCCUUUGCGCAGCAGAGCUGGCGACGGUCUGGAGCUCAAGGUCCGGCGCGCGCUGCCUUGCGAGUGGCGCCACUUCAGGGAGUUCCACUACAAGGACCCCUCCCUGAACGGAAUGUCCGUGUGCUUUGUGGGCCUCAUCGCCGAGACUCCGGUUGCCUUCUGCGCCGUCCAGCUGGAACCCGUGAACUUUUUGCAGAAGAGCGCCCUGGCCAAUCCGGACGACAACCCUGCCUAUCCUGACGAGUGGAAGCAGCAAGACGGCCGGCGGCUCUACCGUGAGCACCGGGCCGUCGUGCUCCCUCAAGCGCAAGGCAUCGGCGUUGCGUCGACACUUUGUGACGCCAUCGCGUACUUCAUCCACAAGUGCGGUGCCGACUUUACGUCCCAAACCGUGCACCCGCACUACGGCUCUUACCGGGACCGCAGGCCGUACUGGGAGCAGCUCCGGGGCAACCGCAAGGAAGAGGCCUCCGUGAAUGGCAACCUCAAGUUCUCGCAUUGGUUCACCGGGCCGCGGGAUGCCGCUUCGCAGCUUCAGCUGCAGAAGAUCCGACUCCCGGACGGCCUGGAGCUUCCAGCCUGA